AUGGAUUACUUUGAGUUUCCCCCGCACAAUGUCCGCAACCACUGCAACACCGCCGCAGGCCCCUAUCCCAGUACUACGAGCAAGAGACACGACCAUGGCCCUACGACACGGCGCGCUCAACUGGGACCUCAUGCAUGCCCGCUUCUCGCCGCCAUCCUCGCCACAGGCACGCUCACCACGGUUGCCAGCGAGCCCGGCUUGAACUUCCGCGGCGUCGAGAGGUGGCUGGACGCGGAGGACCGCACACUCAAGAGCCUCAGGCUCGUGUUCUGGGUGUACCCUGAAGGCCUAUCGGGGCCAUACCACGAGACGGAGGAUGGACAGGUGAAGGAGCAUGGGCUGUUGGUGACUAUUGAGCAGGAGGCGAAGGUGGCGGAUAUGCUGAAGGCGGUGAAGGGCGUGUUUGUGGAGGAGGGCACGGCGCAUGUGCACGUCCCUGCUGUUUGA